UUCCCCACAAAAUGUUUUACACGUGAUGGUGACAAGUAACGCGACAAAACUUGCUACUUGAGACAGUUCCACUCUCAACCACCUACAACGACAUGCCGCCAUCACGAAAAGGACGCUCUGGAGGAUUUAACGUUAACCCGUAUGCCAUGAUGGGCGGGCGUUCGAGCAAGCCACCUCCGCCUCUCAAGACAUUCAAAAAAGUCACAGCCGAGUUCAACGAUGUCGAAAAGCCGCCUGAGGGAUGGGACCAAACCCAGCUCGACGCGCCCAAAGUCGAUACAGUCAAGUUUGGAGCGCGAUUUAGCAUCAACGACGCGGUCCUGGAAGCCCUGAUCGCCCGGCCGGCAUUAUGCGCGAGGCUGACGACGUUCUUGGCUGGUGACAACGAGACUGGGGGCGGGGUGUACGUCUCCGAGGGAACCUUUGUGCGGUUCAUUAGGAUGUGUCCAGAGAUGAGGCUGAUGAGGUUAGAGUCGCAUACGUCGUUGGGCCAGGACGCGUUAUUGGCGAUUUUGGAGUCGUGUCCAAAGAUAGAAGCUUUGCAUAUUAGUGGACAUGAUCGAAGGAUAGAUGACAAGGCGCUCACGGCUGUCGCAGCAGCAUGCGAUGCGAAUCCUUCCCUUGGAGUCAAGUUGCGAGAUUUGACGCUCCACGACCAGAGUGUUUAUGAAAAAGGUGUCAAGAGGUUGCAAAAGGCGCGACGGUUGGUUAUUGUCCGAAUGGGCGACACACCGCGUCAACACGCGUAUUCUAGGGACGGGGAGUAUUACGCGUAUCGUGGUGGUAAAAUGGUGUUUGAUAGUGCGAGCAAGUAUCAGUACUGGUAAUUAUAAGCGGAUCACGGCGGCUCGCCUGCAAAUUUCCGAACCACGAUCGACCUCCUGUAUAACAUCUAUAGUGGAUCCCAAUUCAUUACUCCUGAUGAACAACACAACAAGAGGCGUUGUAAAAGCUACAGAAAGCGCGUGUUCCUGUUAGACAAUCGUGCUGGCAAGCUACGCGGAAAAGAGGGUAUCAGCUGUCGAACAAGGAGUUGGUAGUUCUAGAAGUCACAACUCAAAAGGGGGCAUACAUAAUAGACUGAACGUUGUACUGGUGGUUGCGAGGUGCCUUCACCCAAACCCCCAGUAAGCAAAUGCUCUCUUCGUUGCGCGACGAGGCUGACGUUUUUACCUAGAAUGCGCUUGAACAUCUACA